AUGGGCAAAAAUACCAAGAGAACCAAAGAAUUUAUCGAGAGCAUUCCAGAUUCGAAAUUGGACGGCCUUCCUAGCACUGGAGGAACUCUCUACAAUGAUACAGACUUUCGUUUGGAUAUGCAAGGCAUGACGAGCAAGGAUCCCAAGUGUCACAAUCUUCAGGUUCAGACGCUCAAAAAGGCAGCACCACAAACAGUUGCUACUUUUCUCGUGAAGAAGGAUGAUCCUCCAACUACUGCUGAUAUCAGGUCUGGCUUGAUCCAGAGUAUUUCUAUUUAG